AUGUGGAAGGAUCUGGUGGUUGAGGGAGAUUUAGGAGAGAUGCGAUGUUUGUUGAAGUUAGGGAAGAGGAAUGGUUUGACCGAAUCUGGUGUUACAUAUCCCGGUGGAGCAGAGCAGUUGUGUCAUAUCCUUUGGUCUCCACAUACGGGCAAAAGAAAUCCAGAGACGUUAAGCGAGUGCAUUGAGUCCAAACGCGUCUAUGACGCCAUCAUUAACAGCAGCUUCCCAGUCCUCUCAUGA